CCGGGCUGACGGGGAAAGCCCUCCCUGCUGUGGCGGAGGUGAGGGUGAGUCUCUGGGAGCCGCGUCUUCGGGACCCCGUAAGCAGCCGGCGCUUGGGACGCGACCCUCGGGCGUGAGUCGAGCGACUUCGCCGAGAAGCAGGAAGGACAAAAUGAUGACAGAGAGAAGCCCAUUGAAGGAGCGUUACCAAGAAGUCCUGGACAAGCAGAGGCAGGUGGAAAACCAACUCCAAGCGCAAUUGAAGCAACUUCAGCAAAGGAGAGAAGAAGAAAUGAAGAAUCACCAGGAGAUACUCAAGGCUAUUCAGGAUGUGACCAUAAAGUGGGAAGAAACCAAGCAGAAAAUAGAGACAGAAAAGAAGGAGUUUUUGCAAAAGGAGCAGGACCUGAAAACUGAAAUUGAGAACCUGUGUGAGAAAGGCAGAAGCUUAACGUCCUGGUGGACACAGGAAGCAGUAACUUUGUGGUGGACGCUGCCCCCCACGUUUUCUGCAUGGCUACCACCAGAGGCUGCUGGACACAGGGAGGAUGGCGUGGCCAAGAUCAGUGAAAGGGAUUCAUUCCAGAUCAUUGGGGGUAUCGACCAUUCACUGUACACAGGCAGUCUCUGGUACACACCCAUCCGGCGGGAGUGGUAUUAUGAGGUGAUCAUUGUACGUGUGGAAAUCAAUGGACAAGAUCUAAAAAUGGAUUGCAAGGAGUACAUCUAUGACAAGAGCAUCGUGGACAGUGGCACCACCAACCUUCGUUUACCUAAGAAGUGUUUGAAGCUGCAGUCAAGUCCAUCAAGGCAGGCUCCUCGGUCAGUGGACUAAGAAUGACACAGUAUCAGGAAAUCAGUGAGACACACAUUCUUCAGCAAGCCAAGAUGUCUGCACUUCGACCUUCCACUCAGAGCUCUUAAAACCUGUGCUUUAUUGAUGUGUGGUUCACCAUACAAUCCCCCAGUGCAGCUUUUUUUUUUUUCUUUUGAGAUAAGGAGGUCUCAUUUUAGCUACAGAUGAUUGGGCUUCUGUGUGAGGAG